AUGUUCGGUCCUUUCAAAGCCUCUAACACAUUACUGGGUGGUCUAUUAUGGAAGAUCCCAUGGAGGAUGUCUUCGCAUCAGAAACAAAGAGUUAGACACAGACUGAGGGACGUCGAUGAGGUUUUGAAGCAAGUGAAUUUGGGAUUGCACGUUGAAAGAUGUCAACAAAAAGGUAUGCAGUUUCAGGAAGCUCUGGAGACUCCAAAAAUGUUUAAGCCAAGAAUAAAAUCGCUACGUUUGUUGAACAAGCCAUCGAUAUUCCCCAAGGAGAAUCAAAUGUCACCAAAGGACAAAUACACGGUUUUCAAUAGAAAAUCGAAGGACUAUAGGAAGAGUGUUCAUAAAGUACCCAAAUGGACCAAAUUGUCUCUGAGAAGGAACCCUAAGUUUUUCUAA